AUGCCCCGGACGCACACCGAGGUUCCAUGCGCGGACCGCGGGGACAUCCUGCGGGACAGACCGCGCCCGCCCAGUCGGCCGGACCCGCGAUGCAACCGCUGCCCGUGUUACGGCCAGCGCGAGGUGUCGAGCUACCAACAGAAUAUUUCCGGGGCGUGGCUGGAGCGCGACAAGUGCGCUUCCAGGUUGGACUGCGCUCCGAAGAAGGGUUUCUCGGGAAACUACCGCAGUCAAAGACAGCCUGAGGUGGUGCAGCAGGUGCUGGACGAGAUGAUCAUGGGCGACCUGGAGCCGACAGCGACUUCGGUCAGGCACCUAAUCAAGAAGCACGAGCAGUCCAAGCGCAGGGGCAGGUGCAAGAAAGAGCUGGGCAAGACCGCGGUUCUCCCCGUCGACGCGACGCACCUCCAACCAGACGGGCCGAGGCGUGAUCUUGUAGAGAAGGAGCUCGGCGAGGUCCAGCAGGUGAAGAUCCAGCAGAGCGCCGACCGUCCUGGAUCUGGACGUGCGGGAUCAGGCUCUGAUCGAGGUGGACGAGGCGGAAGCCUGAAGAGCUUCACGACCAAGCAGCAGAAUAUCCUGCGCGCGGGCGUCCUCGCGAUGGGGCGCGCGAUCACGGGCCUCGUCGGUUCCAUUAUGAAGGUAUCAACCCAGCCCAGAGCCGAUUUCGCCGAGGCAUGCUGCUCGCCAACCACUCGGCUGACAACAGGGAUGAUGGCCGAGGGCUUCGAGUGCCAGCGCUUGAAUCUCGAGCGGGGAUGCGAGUUCCACGCGACGGAGUCGACCGAGAAG